AGUUCGGCACGCCAGGUAACCCUUCUGAACUUCAUGAUCAUGCCUGAAGGAAUGCAAGACCAACUGCUUGGCAUCGUUGUGGCUAGAGAGAGACCAGACCUAGAAGAGAGAAAACAAGACCUCAUCCUGAAGGGAGCGAAAAACAAGAGGCAGCUUCAAGAGAUCAAAGACAAGAUCCUGGAAGUACUCUCUGCGUCUAAAGGAAACAUCCUGGAGGACGAGUCAGCUGUCCAGAUUCUCUCUUCCUCCAAAGUGCUGGCCAAUGAAAUCUCAGAGAAGCAGGCUGUGGCUGAGGUGAUGGAGAGAAAGAUCGAUAAAACACGUAUGGGCUACACACCCAUCGCAGUCCAUUCAGCCAUCUUGUUCUUCUCCAUUGCUGACCUGGCCAACAUUGAGCCCAUGUACCAGUACUCGCUCGAUUGGUUCAUCAAUCUCUUUAUCCUGUCCAUCGACAACUCGGACAAGAGCGAGGUUCUGGAGCAGACGUGUGAAGCUACUUCAGUUGUUUAAAAGAAAUUUUGUGUAUUUUGCCAAUGGUUUGUAUUGCAGAUCCUAAGAGACCACUUCACUUACUCGCUAUAUGUCAAUGUUUGCCAAUCACUCUUUGAGAAAGACAAGCUGCUUUUCUCCUUCUGCCUCACUGUCAACCUGCUUAAACACGACAGGCUUGUGAGUGCCGCCUUUCCACAGCUACACCAAAUACCUGCACAAGAUGUUCACAAAAUGGUAUUAGAGAAGCCGGUCUCCUGUCUGAUAGAUAAAAUGAACAUGAAAGUCACUGCAGUUAAUAUUACAUGCACAAUAACGACCUGAAUCUAUUACUAAUCACAUAUUCUCAUGGCACACAUCAGAUCUAGCCUACAGUUAACCUAAUAACACUUUUUUAUAAAUUUUACAUUUUACAUCAUGUAGGAUAAAGGUAGUAUUUUAAAAGAACGCCUGAUUAAUUGAAUCUUUUUCAACGUUUUAUGAUCUAAAGAUCUGAAUCUGUGAAUCCUUUCUCCAUGUUUUAUUGAACGUCUUGUAGUGAACAUGCAUUUCAGUCACAAAGAGUUCUUUAGUGAGAGACUCCUCUGCAACAUGAUAAUACAUAGCCCAGAGCCAUAAACACAGCAUAAAAUGUGCACUUUGCUGAAAAGAAAAACAUUUUUGAGGAUCAAUUCCCUAUGUGAAAAGACUCAGCAGUCUAGAUUUUUUUUUCCAUGCAACCUCCAAAUGCUUCCUGGUGAAAACAUACAGUACGUCUUGUCAUGCUCACUUACAAACCAGAUUAAUGAAGUAACUCUGGUAUUAUGUUCAUACCCUGAAACUUGAUGACAGAAAUAAUAUAAAGGAAUAAGGAAUAAAAUAUAAAAUAAGCACUAAGAAACUUAGUAACUAAGUUACUAAGAAACAAUGUAUUUAAUGACAAUAUCAUUAAAUACAUUGUUUCUUAGUAACGACCUGAUGCUCCACAAGUCACUGUAGUCUAGGCAGAAUAAUUCAAAAUAAUGCAUCUGCCGAGAUCGAUAAUGAGAUCUGCCGCCUGGACGAGCUGGAGUGCUUCAAGGGCCUGUGCAAGGACAUGAUGCCUGAAAGAUGGCUGGAAAGAAGUAUACGACAGCAAGGAUCCUCAUCACACACCUUUUCCUGGAGACUGGCAGGAAAAACUGGGACAAUUUCAGAGAAUGUUGGUCAUACGCUGCCUGAGACCAGACAAGGUCAUUCCCAUGGUCCAGGAGUUUGUGUCAAAAAGCUUGGGAUCCCAAUUUAUCGAGGUGCCCCCCUUUAACCUGGGGAAUGCUUUUGGAGACAGUCACUGCUGUGCUACUCUCAUCUUCAUCCUCUCACCAGGCUCUGGUGGCAGCUCUGUUGAAGUUUGGAGAUGAGAAGGGCUUCACAGGGAACAAGCUGACCUCUCUGUCACUGGGCCAAGGCCAGGGUCCCAUUGCCAUGAAAAUGAUUGAGGUGGGAGUGAAGGAAGGCACCUGGGUGGUGCUGCAAAACUGCCACCUGGCCACAUCCUGGAUGGCCACGCUGGAAUGGGUCUGCGAGGAGCUCAACCCAGACACCACUCAUCCCGAUUUCUGUCUGUGGCUAACCAGUUACCCGUCGCCUAACUUCCCUGUGGCCGUCCUUCAGAAUGGUGUCAAGAUGACAAACGAGGCCCCCAAGGGCUUGCGUUCCAACAUCAUCGGCUCCCUUUAUAUGAACCCCAUCUCCGAUCCGGAGUUCUUCAACAGCAACUUGAAGCCAAAACUCCUUUAUGGCCUGUGUUUCUUUCAUGCUCUUACCCAAGAGCGAAGGAAGUUUGGUCCCCUGGGCUGGAACAUCCCCUAUGAGUUCAACGAAACUGACUUGCGCAUCUCUGUGCAACAGCUGCAUAUGUUUCUCGACCAGUAUGAAGAAGUGCCAUUCGAAGCACUGCGCUACAUGACAGGAGAGUGUAACUAUGGAGGACGUGUUACAGAUGACUGGGACCGGCGAACUCUCCGCACCAUCCUCUCCAUCUUCUACAACAAAAAGAUCAUCGAAGAUCCAGAGUACAAGUUCGACCCAAGUGGGAUUUACUUCUCACCUCCUGAAGGGGAUCAUAAUAGCUACGUGGAGUACACCAAAUCACUCCCACUGUAUCCAUCGCCAGAAAUCUUCGGCAUGAACGCCAACGCUGACAUCACCAAGGAGCAGGUGGAGACGCAGCUCCUGUUCGAGAGCAUCCUGCUCACUCAGUCUCGCGUGACGGGCGGCGACGCAAAAUCCUCUGACGACAUGGUGUAUGAGGUGGCGGCGGACAUUUUGAGCAAACUGCCACAGGACUUUGACACGGAGGCGGCCAUGCGCAGGUUCCCCACCAGUUACAAGCAGAGCAUGAACACAGUGCUGGUGCAGGAGAUGGGCCGCUUCAACAAGCUGUUGCAGACCAUCCGUGACUCAUGUGUCAACAUCCAGAAGGCCAUCAAGGGUCUGGUGGUGAUGUCAUCCGAGUUGGAGGAAGUAGUGACGAGCAUCCUGAAGGGCCGGGUUCCAGGUAUGUGGAUGAAAAAAUCGUACCCGAGCCUCAAACCUCUCGAAGGAUACGUCAGCGACUUCCUGGAGAGGCUCCGAUUCUUACAGGAGAGCUCGUCUACCCUGAGUCACGACUGGUAUGAUAACGGCAUGCCGGCCGUGUUCUGGAUGUCAGGCUUCUUCUUCACGCAGGCUUUCCUGACCGGUGCACAGCAGAACUACGCUCGCAAACACACCAUCCCCAUCGACCUGCUCGCCUAUGACUUCCACGUCAUGGAUGAAACAGAGUACAUGAAGCCGCCUGCUGACGGUGUCUACAUCCGUGGCCUGUUCCUGGAUGGGGCAUGCUGGGACAGAAAAAAGAAGCUGAUGGCAGAGUCGUACCCCAAGGUCCUCCACGAUACCAUGCCAGUGAUCUGGCUCAUACCCAUGAGGAAGCAGGACAUCCCCGAGCGCUUGUGCUAUGUCGCACCCGUGUAUAAGACGAGCGAGAGACGGGGGACGCUGUCCACCACCGGCCACUCCACCAACUAUGUCAUCUCCAUGACCCUCGACUCGGACGUUCCCCCGGAGCACUGGAUUCGCCGCGGCGUGGCUUUGCUCUGCCAGCUCAACUCAUAAAGCAGCGGGGGGGGGUUACUUUCCAAAAA